CUCAGUAAACUUUUAGCCUGCACCCGGAUAACUUUCUCCCUCCGAGGAGAAUGCACCAAACUCCAACUUUUCCUCCACUGCAAGCUCACAUUCUGGAAUCUCGCCAUUCACUACGAACGAACGAUACAGUAUAAUCAACAACCAACUUAUAAUUAUUAUUGUUGUGAAAAAUAAACACAAAGUAUUCAAGUUGGACGAAGAAGUAAUUAACGAAUAAAUAACAUACCGCUGUGUUUUCAAGUAAUUAAAAGAAAAUUAUAACAAUUUAAGCAAAGAAAAGUUGCGCCACGGUGAGAAUACUCGAAACUUGCGGGGGAGGAAACUUUCACUGGGAACAAAAUUCAUAAAAUAUAAUUAAAACAAGAGUGAAUUUUGUAAUUAAUUUGUACACUCCGCACGACGUGUUUAUCUAUUUAGCUCCCCGAUUGAGACAAUCUCGUCUCAAAAGACGGCAUUGUGUACACAUAUUUCUUCUCAGUGGGAGUAGCUUGCUGGUGGUGAAAGCUGGCGAAAAAGUGAUUGCAAGAUCUCCAACCCGAAGCACAUCAAUCCACACGCUCUGUUUUUUCUUCUAUCUAGCAAGAUGGGAAGCCAGGCUACUUUUCGGCAUAAACUUGGCCCCCAGUGGAUCCUCAAGUGCUUAUUUAGUUGCUCGUACCUGCUUGUGAUUCCUGAACUGAACCAACCCGUGAAUGGAGGAACUCUGGAAGACCUGGUGACGCUGGAUCGCCUUCUUAAGGAAGGUUACGACCGAAGAGCUACUCCGACCAACCACUUGAAUAACACAACCCCGACACGGGUAUGGUGUGAAUUAUUUGUGCGAAGUUUUGGCAGCCCUAACCCAUUGACUAUGGACUACAAAGUGGAUCUGUACCUAAGACAGCAAUGGGUUGACGAACGCUUGAAGCACAAAGACAUCAAGCGUCCAAUGGAUCUCAACGAUCCGAAUUUGGUGAAAGCGAUUUGGAAACCUGAAGUCUACUUUCCCAACGCGAAGGACGCUGAUUUCCAGUUCGUCACGGUGCCAAAUGUCCUCGUGAGGAUUCACCCCGAUGGAAAAAUUCUGUACAUGCUCAGGUUAAAAGUCACUUUCUCCUGUAUGAUGGACCUGUCCAAAUUUCCGCUUGACCGACAAAUAUGCAGCAUGGAGGUGGCAAGCUUUUCGAAGACCGUGGAGGAAUUAAUCUUGGAGUGGAAACUGGAAAACCCGAUAACCACGGGGAGUCUGCAAAUGACUCAAUUUGCAAUGGUGGACAUUAUCGCUGCCAAAUGUCACGAAGCCUUCCAAAUUGGCAACUAUUCCUGUUUAGUGGCCGAAUUCCACCUGGCCAGGCUUCUGGGAUUUCACUUGGUUCAAAGCUAUCUUCCCACCAUUCUGAUGGUGGUCAUCUCCUGGGUAUCUUUCUGGAUGGAUGUCAACUCUGUUCCAGGUCGUGUCACGUUGGGCAUCACCACGCUCCUCACCGUCUCGUCCAAAGCCACAAACGUUCAGGAAAACAUUGAAUCCAGCUACGUCAAGGCUAUAGACGUGUGGAUGGGAGCUUGUACAGCCUUUGUAUUCCUGGCUCUGAUGGAAUUCACGGUGGUGAACUAUUUGUGGAGGAAAGAGUACCAAAUGCAUGGACAACGAGGGGCUGGUGGUGGUGCCACUUCCGGUUCCUCGAGAGCCGCCGUUAUGCUUUCUCAUAGCAUAGGAGGAGAUCCUAAUUCAGGGCGGUGCGACGGCCAUGAUUCACCAAAAGGUCAGGCAACAGCCGUUAGUGAAAGCGGGUGCGGUGACGGCUCUUCACUACCAACACCUCCAGGAAACGUUAAGACCUCAUCUCCAACGACUGGGGUUGGUGGGGAGAAUGCAAUUGGUGGAAAUAGCUGGGAAUUGAAAUACGUGGAUAAUCCCAACCACCACCAAUACCACACAACAAAGGCCAAAGACAAAUGCAAGUUCUACAACUAUGACAAACAAAAGUCUUCAACGACCUCGCUCUCGGUGGACGGCUUGAAACGGAAUAGAAAUUACCAGGAGUUAGCCAAAAGUAUUGACGAGUGCUGUAGAGUAAUGUUCCCUCUGGCUUUCUCCAUAUUCGUCAUUUCCUACUGGAUCUUGUACCUGUAUCUGUAAAUCCAGUGGACAUAUGUAUAUGUAAAUGUACGGAUUUACGUUAGCAACACAAUCGAAUGGGGGUAUUCAUUACCAGUUCGCAUUUUUGCAUUGAAAAUCGCAACAUAAAAAAUGGCGAACUUUGGAUAUGCUCAAGUUCGCACAUGAAUUUCCAACCCAAAUUUUUUUGCUAACGUUGCGAACUCGUCGUGAACACCCCCAAUAUUUUAAACAGGGAAGGAUUACAUUAUUAUUGCUUGCUACCACCACAAUGACAAUGCUUGUUUCAGAACGAAUCCAAGUUUCUAACUGCAAAUUAAUUUCGAAAGUUUGCCUUUCCAACACAGUUCAAACUUAGUUUAAUCUUUAUCCUAGUUUUAAUUAAUUUUCUCGAACUGUAAGUUUAAGAAAGUUUGAUUUAUAAUCUUUCAUGUGGAACUACUUGUAUUGUGUUUUUGUAAUUUUAUUAAUGAGCAAGUAGCGAAACGGGAGUAGUGAAAGCAAGAGAUUAUAAAGUAAGAAAAGUCGGAUGCAAUAUUUUUCAUCGAGUGAAAUCCUUCUUCGUAUAUAUUGUAAACAGUAAUCAUAAGCAUACUAGAAAAUAAUUAUGUAUUAUUCUGUCUCUAAAAAAAUCUAUCAGAAAAACAAACAACAAUUUUCCGCAACAAAAAAAUUUGCGUACGUAUAAUGAACAAAAAAAGUAUUUUGUUUUUGAAAGAUUAUUCGUUUUUGUUUGAUGAAUAAUGAACAAGUUUUGUGUAUGGAAAGAAAGUUGUUUUCUUGUUCAGGACGAGAUUUACUCACAUUUUGUAAAGUUUGCUCAGUCAAACCACUCACCCUUACCUUUUAGGAAGAGGAAGAGGAAGAUCGUAGUAAAUAAUUUACCGUUGUAGAUUGGAUGGGAAACAAAGCCCACAAGAUUUCAAUUUGCUUUUGCUCAUGGACAAAAAUCAAUUUCGAUUAGACUUUAAUCUUAUCCUUAGUCAAAUGCAGUUAGCAAGUAGUAGUUUCAAUCUUUAAUGGAUUAAAUGUCAGUCAGAUCAAGGUGGAGAAAGUUAUGUAUCAAAAUUUUGGUAAACAUGGGUAAAUUUAAUCUCUUCACUUUAAUCGAAUCUCUAAUAUUACAUGUAAAAUGGAUAACUGAAAUUUAGUUUGGUAAGAGCUAAAUAUGCUAAAUUCUUAAGGUUUUCGGGAUAAGAUUAAGCGAAAACAAGGAGACGAUCCUUAAUUAAUCAAGUUACCUGAGAGCUCCACUUUUGGAGAUGAAUUAUUCAGCAAGAAUGUCGGAUCAAAUUCUAAUAGCUGUGUAUGAAAUCCAUCGCGUCUUAUGAAGGAUCCAGACGUUAGUCUUCUUUAAUGGGAUUAGACUUGAUUCUUCUCAUCCCGUAAUUAAUUACUUAAAUACUCACAUAAUAAUCUUAUUGAAACUGAGGCACACAUGUAAGUUAAGUUCUGAUCAUAUGUGUCAUGUCAUAUGUAAUAAUGGAAGAAAUAUAAACGUUGUUUUAUUUACAAAUUUUAAUCCAAA